CUCGAUCGAGGCGUUCCGUCCCGGCCAAUGGGGAGGCGGCGCUGUCGUUUAACCCCUGGCCUGGCGGAGCGGCAGGGAACGCGGAGCAGGAAGCGCUGAAGUGAGGGGCUGGGGAGCCCGGCCGCCGCCGCCGCCCUCUCCCCGCUGUGGGCAGCAGCCACCGGGAAGCGAGGCCUGUGGGGAAGCGAGAGGCGCCUCUCGUCGCUGCGGCCACGGUCUCCGCUUCCCCUGGCCGCUGAGGGAAGCAGCCCGCGCGGCAGCGAAGGAGGCUGGGAGCGACGGAGGCUGAGGAACCGCUCCGGAGAUGAUGCCGUGGAACAGCUUCAAUAGGAGAGACUGAGGGAACUCCACAUCAAUAUACCCCAGUGCCUAGGACACUCCCCUAAGAGGUGGCAGACCCAUUUUCAAAUCCCUUUCUCCCCUCAGGGAAACUGAGGGUCUCCCAUAUCCCCGAUGAUAUUAACUGUGUUCUUGAGCAACAAUGAACAGAUUUUGACAGAAGUUCCAAUUACACCAGAAACAACCUGUCGAGAUGUUGUGGAGUUCUGCAAAGAACCCGGCGAAGGAAGCUGCCAUCUGGCUGAAGUGUGGCGUGGAAAUGAACGCCCUAUACCCUUUGAUCACAUGAUGUAUGACCAUUUACAGAAGUGGGGACCCCGUAGGGAAGAAGUGAAAUUUUUUCUUCGGCAUGAGGAAUCUCCAGCUGAAAACAAUGAACAGAGUGGGCAUCAGACCCAAAAUCAAAGAAAUGGAAUAAAUAUACCUGUGGAGAAACGUACAGAGAAUGGGGUUGGGAAUCCACGUGUUGAACUCACGCUUUCAGAACUUCAAGAUAUGGCUGCCAGACAACAGCAGCAGAUUGAAAACCAACAGCAAAUGUUGGUUGCUAAGGAACAACGUUUACGUUAUCUGAAGCAGCAAGAACGCCGUCAGCAGCAGUCUAUUUCUGAGAGUGAAAAGCUUCAAAAACUUAAAGAACGGGUGGAGACCCAGGAGUCAAAGCUGAAAAAAAUACGUGCCAUGAGAGGACAAGUGGACUACAGCAAGAUAAUGAAUGGCAAUCUGUCUACUGAAAUUGAGCAUAUCAGUGCCAUGUUCCAGGAGAAGCAGCAGGAGUUACAAGCAGCAGUGUUAAAAGUGGAUCAGUUAACUCAGCAAUUGGAGGACUUAAGGAAAGGGAAAUUGAAUGGAUUCCAGUCUUAUAAUGGACAGAUGACAGGACCUGCUGCUGUAGAAUUAAAAAAGUUGUACCAAGAACUACAGAUUCGUAAUAGGCUUAACCAGGAGCAGAACUCCAAGCUUCAGCAGCAGAAAGAACUUUUAAACAAACGUAACAUGGAGGUGGCUAUGAUGGACAAGCGUAUAAAUGAGCUGCGUGAGCGACUAUACAAGAAAAAAGUUGAGGCACGUCAAAAAGAAAACAUUCCUUUAAAUCGUAUUAAUGGAACAUCAUCGCCCCAAUCAUCUCUGAGUGCUUCAGGAAGAGUAGCAGCAGUGGGGCCUUACAUCCAAGUUCCUAGUGCUGGCAGUUAUGCUGUACCAGUAGACCCAGUGAAACCACAGUCUCUCACCAUCGCUUCCACUGCGACUCAUGGGAGAUCAAAAUCUGAGACAGAUUAUGGGUGUGUGAAAAAAUCUCCAGGAACCUGGAAGAUUUCUGAUUUAGACAUAAUAGUGGAUCCUAUUCUGUCACCUCCCACUUCCUCUCUUCAGUCUGCUGUUCAAAGUGUCAUCCUCCUGGCACCUACUCUGUCUGACACCCUGCACUCUAAUGAUGGAAACUGGCCAACGCUUAAACAGAGUUCAACCCCUGUGGUAAAACCACCUCAAAUCUCCAAUGCAGACUGGAAGGAAUCAAGCAUGGAUACUGCUUUAAAACAAGGAACUGUAUCCAGUCAACCUUUGCCAUCUUCAGUAUUAGGAAGUACUGAUAAGCUGGGCCUUGAUAUGGGGAAAGUGCCACCUACUAUCCCUGGUGUAAGUAAGCAGUUGCCUCAAAACUAUGGAACCUAUCCAAGCUCUGUUCCUUUAGGAACAGGUUCUACAAAUUCACUGGAAAGGCGGAAGGAUGGCAGCCUACCAAGACCUGGCUCCAGUAUAACAAAUCGGCAAAGACCUAUUCCAUUACCACCAUCGAGCAAUAUACAUCAGCCUAGUUCCUCACAACAGAUACAACAGAGAAUUUCUGUACCUCCUAGCCCUUCUUAUCAACCUUCUGGUCCCUCCUUAUUUCCUGGCGGAGAUGGCAGGCCUGAGCUCCCUUUAACUGUGGCUAUCAGGCCUUUUCUAGCUGAUAAAGGAUCAAGGCCUCAGUCUCCAAGAAAAGGACCUCAAACAGUGAACUCCAGUUCCAUCUACUCAAUGUAUCUUCAGCAAGCAACACCACCAAAGAACUAUCAACAGGCUGUAUACAAUACCCUAAAUAAAUCAGUAAAAGCAGUUUAUGGAAAACCUGUUCUACAGUCUGGUUCAACUUCUCCAUCACCUUUACCAUUCCUUCAUGGAUCUUUGCCCGCCCACACAUCACAGCCACAAUCUCAGCCUCAGAUUGAGUUCACUGAAAAAGAUCAAGAGCUGGAAAACAUUCCACCAUCAGGUGAAAAUAGCAAUGUGGAAAACAUUCCUCGCCCUCUCAGUCCUACUAAGCUUACACCUAUUGUGCAUUCACCCCUACGAUAUCAAAGUGAUGCUGAUCUUGAAGCUCUUAGAAGAAAAUUAGCCAAUGCUCCUAGGCCAUUAAAGAAGCGUAGCUCUAUCACUGAACCUGAAGGGCCCAGUGGACCAAAUAUACAGAAGCUGUUAUAUCAGCGCUUUAAUACACUUGCUGGAGGAAUAGAAAGUGCUCCUUUUUAUCAACCAAGCAACCCACAGGACUUUAUAGGCAGCUUAGCAGAUGUUGAUAAUGGAAACACUAGCACCAAUGGCAAUGUUGAAGAACCUAUUUCUGUGCAACCCACGGUUGCUCUUCCUGAUGAACCUCCUCCUUCAUCAGAUGCCAAUGAUAAUGAAUUACCUUCUCCUGCCACUGAGGAACUGAUUAGCAUUGAAACCACUAACCAAACCUCUGAGACAACUGAAGACAAUAAUAACAAUCCUGCUGUAGUCCCUUCCACUGAACAGUCACCCAGUCCCAUACCUGAGGUCAGCUCCCCAAUAGAAGAUGAAGUUCCUGUGCCACCAGCUGUUCCUCCUCCACUUCCUCCAACUAAACGUACCAACCUGAAGAAACCUAACUCUGAACGAACUGGUCACGGUUUGAGGGUAAAGUUCAACCCUUUAGCUCUCCUGCUUGAUGCUUCUUUGGAGGGAGAAUUUGAUCUGGUACAGAGGAUCAUUUAUGAGGUUGAUGAUCCCAGCAAACCCAAUGAUGAAGGAAUUACCCCUUUGCAUAAUGCAGUGUGUGCUGGUCAUCACCACAUUGUAAAGUUCCUGCUUGAUUUUGGUGUUAAUGUGAAUGCAGCAGACAGUGAUGGAUGGACGCCUUUGCAUUGUGCAGCUUCUUGCAAUAGUGUUCAUCUCUGUAAACUACUUGUAGAAUCCGGAGCAGCAAUUUUUGCUUCAACUAUAAGUGAUAUAGAAACUGCUGCAGACAAGUGUGAGGAGAUGGAGGAGGGUUAUAUUCAGUGUUCCCAGUUCUUGUACGGAGUACAGGAGAAGUUGGGAGUCAUGAACAAAGGAGUAGUGUAUGCUCUGUGGGAUUAUGAAGCCCAGAAUAAUGAUGAGUUGUCAUUCCAUGAAGGAGAUGCCAUUACUAUCCUGAGACGCAAGGAUGAUAAUGAAACAGAAUGGUGGUGGGCUCGACUCAAUGAUAAAGAAGGCUAUGUGCCUAAAAAUCUUUUGGGGCUAUAUCCAAGAAUAAAGCCUAGGCAGCGAACCCUUGCUUGAAUUCAGUUGUUUGGCAGUGUAAUACGUGGCUGGUAACUGGAAGCUUAAACCCACACUGGAGUCAUCCUUUUCUAUCACAUUUCAACUGGAGAAAUAAAAUUAUAAUCUUUGUUUUUAAAUGGUGCUCUCUCUUGUUAGUGGACAGCAGUCAAGGAUUUAAAAAUCUGCAGUUUGUAAAUGAAGAUAAUUCCAUGUAACCAAUCACUGACUGGGAGAGGUACUUGCAGUCUACAGUAUUUUGUCAACUCUACUCUAAAUACCAAAAAUAUUCUUAUAGAAGAGUCCACAGGUGGAGGUUUGUGUUAAAUAUUCACAAAUGUCAUUUCCAAAUUGCAGAUGUGCUGUCCAGUCUGUUCUAGUCCUACAAUAACUGUCCCAUGUGUCAAGAUUUUGGAUAUAUUUUGACACCAUUGAAUGUUGUUUACUCAUUACUGACUGUGUGCUACAGAGAAGACUUUCACAUGCUAAGUGCAUAAGCAGUAACCAAGGCGCGCGCGCUCUCUCUCUCUCUCUAUAUAUAUAUACACACACACACACACAUUCUAGGAUUUAGAAAUAGAACAUUAGUUAACAUAUCUUUAAGUCCUAGUCUAAGGCCUGCUCUACACAUAAGACUUAAGUCAACCUAGCUACAUUGCUCAGGGCUGUGAACAAUUUUACAUCCUGUAUGACAGUUAGAUUGACCUGACCCCUACCAUACAUGCAGCUAUUGCAUGAGGUAGUUUACCUACAGCAAUGGAAAAACCCCUUCCCUCACUGGAGGAAGCAUCAUGCUACAGCAGCACAGCUGCAGUGUAAAGAUACCCUUUACAAAGCUCAAACAGAAGCUUUAGAGAUGCUAGGAUCUAGAUUUUGUUUGCAUUUAAAUGACAAGCUAAAAGAAUCAAAACUAGUGUUUGUAUACUUCUCAAAAUCCCUACACUAAUUAACUUGUUCAUUUUCUUGGUAUUCAGCUUAUUACACGAGUUUUACCUCUACUAAUUUAAGUUACAGGUCCCACUCCCACUAACCUGUGAACUUGUCUGUUUGGAACAAAAGAACAGAUAACAGUGGAUUUGCAGUCAGAUUAAAGGAUUUGUAUGUUUGCAUGGAUGAAAGUGCAAUAGUUGAGAAGGGUAAGAGUCUGAUAAGCUAAGAGGUACACUAACUUGAAGUCUGCCUGAGUAGUUGAAGGACUAAAAAGUGGAGAGCUAGUUGUACUAAUAUUGAGAGUCAAUGACAGGAAGGAGAAACAAGGAGUUCGAGAAGGAUUUGAGAAUGGCAAUAAUUUGCUAUUUUGGUAAGGACAGUUUCUGUGGUUCUUGGCAGCCCUACACCUAUUGCCAGGGUGAGUUAUGCAAUAACUUUUCCACUACAUUGUAGUUUCAAGCAAAAAAAAAAAAGCGCAAAGCACUUCACUGGAGUUAAUUGUACAUGGUUUUAUAUACCAGAAAUAUAUUUUGAAUUUCUCAUAAGUUGUAGCCAUGUGUUUUGCAUUUUUUUCUUCCAUUAAAGUGUAGGCCAGUUGGCUUAACUCAUGUACAAGUCUUGUGUAUAAUUUAUAUAGCAUUUAUGCAGCGCUGUAAUUUGCUUUUACCACCAUUUAACAUUAAUUGUAUAUACUGUGGUGAUGAAACGUGAAAGGAUAUUAAAGAACAUUUGGUACAUGAAUGUGACAAUUUCAAGAGCCUAUGAUGCACAUUUUCAUGUUCUCUGGAUUAGUGUAUAAUAAAAUACUGCUAAGGCA